CCGACCUCUACACCAAAAGAAGAUUGGGUGCGGACUUUUUCGCGGCGACUAUAAGCGUUGCUGAUGCGAUUCCUCGUGGAUCCUGUCUUCAAAGGAGUCUGCUGUCCACUGAGUCAUGGAAGGGAGCAAUGGGAUGGUGUGGAAUAGGGCGCCUUAAAUACGGGCAAUCUUCCGCACUGCUCUCACCAACAUGGACAUUUAAAUAAGAGUCAUCCCCCUCAGAUUUACGUCUCUAUAGAAGUCAAUAUCAUUGCUAUAUCGCUCUCAUACAAGAACAAUAUGACGCGCACCGAUGUUCUUAUCGUCGGAGCAGGUCCAACGGGCCUCGUGAUGGCUCUGUGGUUAACUCGCCAAGGUGUGAACGUGCGCAUCAUCGACAAAUCAGAAGUGAAGGCAUCAACGUCGCGCGCCAUGGCUAUCCAUGCCCGGACCCUCGAGUUAUAUGGCCAACUAGACCUCGCCGACGAGGUCGUCGCGAAUGGCCACAAAAUCGCUGCGACCAAUGUAUGGGCCGGUGGUGUGCACCGCGCCCGUAUCCCUUUCGGUGACAUGGGUGCAGGCCUCACACCCUACCCUUUCAUACACAUCUAUCCGCAAGAUCGACAUGAGCGGCUGUUGGAGGCGCGGUUGAAUGCAAUGGGAGUACAUGUCGAGCGCAAUCGAGAGUUGAUCGAGUCCCAGGAGCAGGAGUCAUAUAUCACAGCAAGAUUGAGAGACACCACAAAGCCUGGAACCGACCCCGAGGGCGAAGAGACAUGCGAAGCAAGCUUUAUUGUUGGCUGCGAUGGUGCCCAUUCUGCUGUCCGCCAGACCUGCGAGAUCGGGUUCGAAGGAGCGACUUAUUCCCAGCUUUUUUACGUAGCCGAUGUUGAAGGUAGCGGAUCCGGCCUUAAUGGUCAAGCCCAUUUGAGCCUAAAUGGCGCACAAUUUUUCCUCCUUAUGGCUUAUGAUAAAGAUCGCCAUGCGCGUCUCAACGGUGCCGUGGACCAAAGCUCGCUGACCAAAGAUAUUUCCGACCUCACCCUUGAGGAUGUUGCCCCAGACUGCGGCAAGGCGGUGGGCAUCCAUAUCGACAAAGUGAACUGGUUCAGCACUUACCAUGUUCACCACCGCGUCGCUGAAUCGUUUCGCUGCGGACGAGCCUUUCUUGUGGGGGAUGCGGCGCAUAUUCACAGUCCGGUCGGUGGACAAGGCAUGAACACGGGCAUCGGGGACGCCAUUAACCUUUCCUGGAAACUUGCGGCAGUUCUCCAAGGCCAAGCAAAUAUGUCCCUCCUGGAUAGCUAUGAAGUUGAACGACGUGCAUUCGCCGUUCUUCUGGUCAACACAACGGAUGCUGCAUUUAAUGCUAUUGCCUCCGGGGGGUACCUAUCCUCUUUUAUCCGAACAUUGUUCAUCCCCUAUGUUGCCCCUAUCCUGGCUCGUUUUAACCUUGUGCGACAAAGAGUCUUCCGUGGCGUAUCCCAGAUCAUGCUCAAUUAUCGGGAUAGUAUGCUCUCAACUGGAUUGACUGGCAUCGUGCAAGGUGGUGACCGUGUUCCCUGGGCUCCGGUGGGAGAUCUUGAUAAUUUCGAAAGUUUGAAGGAGAUUACAUGGCAAGUCCAUGUCUACGGGGAUGUAAAGGAUGAGCUGGAGGAGUGGUGUCAGUCUAAGAAGGUUCCUCUGCAUGUCUUCCCUUGGCAUGAGAAAUAUCAGUCUGUCGGGUUGGGAAAGGAUGCGGCGUAUCUAAUUCGGCCCGAUAGUUACGUUGCAGUCGCGGAGUCUUCAGGCCUUCCAGACCGAUAUAAUCAGUAUCUGAACGACAACAGCGUUAGGUUAGGAUGAAAAGGCUCUGAUAAUGUUGUUAUCUGUUCCUCACUCCUUGUAGAUGUUUCCUUUUGCGUAUUUGCAUUUGCACGGAAAGUGACUCAGAGUUUGGUUUAUAUUCAUGGUCUAUUUUGAUGACACUGCAGCUAAAUGACAACCUCCAUUCUAUAAUCGAGAUGAGACACCAAUCUCUU